UGAAGACCCGAUCAAGAUGGUUUACGUCAUGGAAGCCGGCACUCACUGGAAGCGCAACGAAGUUUUCCUUCGUCGCGUGUUCAUACUCUGGUCGGAGAGGGGAGAGUACGACAGGCAAUUCAUGCUUCCCUCCAGUUUCUUGAUGAGGUCGAAUCUGGAGAUCUGUCCGCAUGUGUGCUUUGGGUCGGACUGCGCGACGGGCACUGGAACCUUCCAUCGCAUUUUGGAUCAAUAUUACCAACGCCAACACCGCGACUGGUCUUUGGCAGUGUCGGCAGACAAGGCAUGGCAACCAGAACCCUUCACAGGAUAUAUCUGCCAGGACUGUUGUAUGGAGGUGUGCAUUGAUUUCAACCAACAUAAAAGUCGGGCCUCAGUUCUCGUGUAUCAGCACCUCGGCCCUCCCAAAAGGAACGUGGUACAGGUAUUGUUCGAUGAGGGUGUCAAAGCCUGGAAAAGAGGAACGUUAAAGCUUCUGAGAGCUAAGCUUGCUUGACUUGGGGAUUUCGACAAGAUGAGAGAACUGAGCCGCAAGAUUGGAA